AAUGAAUUCUAACGGUCGACUCUGAGGAAACCCUAGUCAAACUUUCUUCAUUACCUUCGCCGAUUCUACUACCACCACCAUAACCAUCACCAUCAUAUCUCUCUCCCUCUCUCUCUAACAUUCAGCGAAGAAGAAGGUGAAACAGAAAAAACAUGGUGGUCUCAAAGAAAAACUAUGAGGAUUUGCGUAAGCAAAGGUUGGAGGAGAACAAGAAACGGAUGGAAGAGCUUCAUCUUCCUCAGCUCACUCAAGCUCUAAAAACCGCUCACUCCCCUACGCCUUCUCCGAUGAAGCGCACAAAACCUCGUGUCAUUGGGACAGAAAUGGUGGAGGUCAGAAGGUCAAGUCGUGUUGCGCAUCUUCCUGCCCCUGUUUACAAGGAACUCGUGGUUUACGAGCGAGUUGAGUUACCAAGAAGUGGAAGAAGGUAUAGCUAUUCACGAAGGGACUUGGGAAAUCGUGUGUAUGCAUCUGAUGAAGCUAGGGACUAUGCAAUAGACAAAGCAGAAGAACUAGAAGCUAAACUUGAAGGUGGUCAUCCUUCAUUUGUUAAACCCAUGCUUCAAUCACAUACAACUGGUGGAUUUUGGCUGGGUCUUCCAACUCAUUUCUGCAGGAAAAGCCUACCAAGGACAGAUUGCACUGUGACAUUGAUAGAUGAAGAAGGUGAAGAGUUUCCAACUGUGUAUUUGGCUCACAAAGGAGGCCUUAGUGGUGGAUGGAGGGGUUUCUCCAUUCAUCAUCAACUGGUAGAUGGAGAUGCACUUGUUUUCCACCGAAUUCAACCUACUGUCUUUAAGGUGUAUAUUAUAAGGUGCAAAGGUUAUGAUGAAGAGGGUGAAAAGGAUGAUUUGGAGGCUUAAGUUUAUGCACAGAUUGAACAAAUUAAUUUAGGAUGAAAUUCAGCACAUUUUUGGAGAUAUUAUUUGAUCGAGUGCUGUUUGGUUUCUUUUAUGUAGAGUUUAGGACUAACAAAGGUUUAAUGCCUUUUAGUUAAUGAUGUAAUUUAUCAAGUAUGAAAUUACAAUUAUGCCAUGCCCA